UGGUCUCGUCUCAUCGGCGGCUCGCGCGCGCUGUCCAAGACCUCGCGAGCCACUUCGCCCACGGAACGACUCACGGCCUUUAAACGCGCCUGCAACGCUCUCCAGUCGACUGCGCACGCGCGCACCUACAUUGAACGCCUCAACUCUAUCCUGAGCGACGAAUCCCGCGGACCAGUGCCGCACCCCUAUGUUGCCUACGCCGCCUCUUCUCAGAUCUUCGUGACAGUUACCAAGCUUGCUCUAUUAUACUACGACGAUAGGGUCUUACGGUCCGCCACAAUCUUCUUUAACACUCUCAUCGAUGCCGAGGUGGACGGGAUCGUGGAUAACCGACUUUUCGCUCGUGCGGGUCGCGCGGGCGACUUUGCGCGUACGGGGCUCCUGUAUCUUAUUGAGACGGCGUCGCGCUCGAAGAACCUGGAGAAGUGGCUGAUUGAGAGUGACCUAGCUACGCUAAUACCUACUGGAUUAGGUGCACUAUAUACUUAG